AUGGAAGACCUUGGCCUCGAUCGGACUGUGUCCGUUCAGGUGCCCUCUCGCAGUUCGCUCAAGGAGUCUUCGGAGCGUAAAACGCUUUUGCAAGUCCGAAACCGGUUCCUCAGCCAGCGGUCAACAAGCGACCCCUGGAACCUUCUAGAUCUGCAGGGUUCAUUGCCUUUGACCCUACCGUCUUUUUUGGAAGGCGGCAACUGCCAACUUCUCCUCCGAAUCCGCGAUGCCAUUCUGAUGGGCAACGACGCUCAAAGAAUAGCAGCGUCUGGAGAAGAUUGGAACACGUGGCGCAACGUCGUAGAAUGGGCACUCCUAUCUGAAGGAGGACAUAACACGGCGCCGCAUAUGGAUAGUCACGGCUAUUCAACCUGGAUUACGGUCCAAGAAGGAAACAUUGGCUUUGGAUGGAUGUCGUGCCCAAAUCAGCAGGAAGAAGAUGAAUGGAUAGCCAAUCCGCAUGGCUAUACCGGGGGUGAUUGGAGAUACGUUAUUCUCUCACCGGGGCAUACGGUGUUUUUCCCCUCUGGCACGAUCCACUUCGUCUUCAGGAUACAAGGAGUACAAACAUUUGCCCUCGGCGGCCACGUCCUUCAAUGGUCUGGCAUUGAGCGGUGGCUUGAUGUGGUCGUCGCUCAACUGAAAAACCCGGAGAUUACUAACGAGGACAUGGCAUCGAGUGCGCCAAAGUACGUUCAAGUCGUCAAGCGACUUGUUGCAAACAGGAUGAAGGCUGGCCGGGUGGAAGAGAUGGGCGGUCGAGAUGCAGUCGCCAGACUGUCCGCCUUACUAAAGGAUUUCGACAGCGUUGCUGGGGGCUCGCGUAUAAAAAUGAGCAAACCCCGAACACCCCUGCGUUAACAGAAAGGUGUGUGCAUAGUCCCCUUUGGAAUUUUCGUCGCUAAUUAUAAAGGGGACGCUCCAGAUCUCGUUCAUUCGAUCCCUUGUCAGCCUCCUAGGCGUCUGCUGCCGACAUGUGCCCCAAAACGUUCCGCCUAAGUUUGAGCCAGGGUACCGGGCCGCUUCAGAGUUGCUGCCGCCCACUGUAAUAAGGGGGAUAGUGGCUUCCAUAAGACACCGGCGUCUCCUGAAGCGGGGUGCUCGGGCUCGAGGUUUUCUCUGCUCGGCAACCGGCGGCCUCGUGGGACAGGCAGUGUCAUCUCGGUUCGUGGGUUGUCGGGUGAUUGCUAGUCGUACUUGAGAAGCUGGUGUUUGCGGCGGGUGGCAUGACGGGGGGCGGCAGACAAAGCUUGUCCCUGAGGCCUAUGAGGAGGCCCAGGCCGAUUGUCAGGGCGCUCGCCCGGUGCGCGACAGUCCUGAGGAAGUUGAUGGUUCGCUCGAAGAGAAUGCUGAGCUCGACAGGGUUGAUAAAGCCGCGGAGGUGUUCGUCCUGGUAGACGGCAGCGAGAGUGAUCAUGUUGCCCCAUUGACUACAAAAGACCCCAAAGUGUUAGCAGAGCAUCCGAUUAGAUAGGAUGCCUACACCGCAGCUGUACUUACGCGUGAGCAGUGCCAAACACAUUGGUGAUGAUGAAGCGCCGCUCCUUCAGGCCGUGGAAGGCCUUGGUACUUUCGAUGAGAGCCCGGAUACCCUUUUUGGCAUAAUUAAG